AUGGGCGAAAACGCAGUCAACGGCGAGCGGGCCCAGUCCCAGUUUUUGGAGCAUCUGACCUCCUACCCCGUCGUCUCGGACUCAAUCACCUUCUACAAAGGAAACAAAUACGGCGCCAAAUCAUUGGAGUUCGCCGACCAAGGCUACGGAAUUGCCAAACCCUACCUCACAUACCUGUCGAAACCCUACGGAUACGUUGCGCCGUACGUCACCCGAGCAGACUCCCUUGGUGACAAGGGCUUGCAGAGGGUAGAUGCGACCUUCCCUUUUAUAAAGGAGGAUACCGGCACACUUAAGAGCACCAUCUAUGACACCGUUCUCUUUCCAGUGCGACUUGUUGGGGAUGCCAAGGGUCAUCUCUUUAGCACCUAUGGUGACGAGUAUAAGAAGUGCGGCGGAGAUGGAAUUGUGGCAAGCAGCAAGGCUAUCAUCACCACCAGCCUUGUCCUAUCUCAGGAAUCUCUGGGUUUUGUCAGCUCUCUGCUCCAGCAGAAGAAGGCCCAGGUCAAAGACCUCGUGAACGAGCAGACCCCAAACUAA